UAUACUCAUAAUUUGUCCCCCAAUAUAAUUCACUUUCGAUUUAUUUGAAAUUUGACAUUUGUUGAAAGUUGACAUUGAAACUGAAAACUAUCUUUUGUAAUGCUCCGAUUUCUACCGAUUUUUAAAUUUAAAAGGUAUCAAAAUAUUUUACACACCGUAAAAGCAAACUUCCAGAAUCAAUCUCCGGAAUAUGACAAAACCAUAAAUAAUUUAAUAAUCGGCAAAGAUACGAAGCUUAUUGUACAAGGAUUUACUGGAAAAACUGGCACUCAUCACAGUAAACUGACAAUAGAGUAUGGCACAAAUAUCGUCGGUGGUGUGAACCCCAAAAAAGCAGGUACCAAACAUUUAGAUUUACCAGUAUUUAAAGAUGCCAAAGAGGCGAAAGAAGCAACUGGAGCUACCGCUACCGUGCUUUACGUCCCUCCCUCAGGUUGCGCCCAAGCCAUAUUUGAAGCUUUGGAAGCGGAAAUACCAUUAAUUGUGGUCAUCACUGAAGGUAUACCUCAGCAUGAUAUGGUUCGAGUAAAGCAUGCUCUAUUAAGACAAUCCAAGUGCAGAUUAAUUGGACCUAACUGUCCUGGUUUGAUAGCUUCUGGCAAAUGCAAAAUAGGCAUAAUGCCCAAUCAAAUUCACAAAGAAGGAAUGAUAGGUGUAGUGUCCAGAUCAGGCACCUUAACCUAUGAAGCUGUAAACCAGACCACCCUGGCAGGUUUGGGCCAAACGUUGUGCUUUGGAAUUGGCGGGGAUCCAUUCAACGGCACGAAUUUCAUAGACGCCUUAAAAAUAUUCGUAGAAGACAAGAACACCAAGGGCAUAAUUCUGAUUGGUGAAAUCGGUGGACAAGCUGAAGAAGAUGCCGCAGCAUUUCUUUCGGAAUACAAUACAGGUUCGAAUAUGAAACCAGUUGUGGGAUAUAUCGCUGGCGUUUCGGCUCCGCCUGGAAGAAGGAUGGGGCACGCUGGCGCUAUUAUAUCGGGGGGUAAAGGGAAAGCCAUCGAUAAAAUUAAUGCGUUGGAGAAGAUUGGGGUAGUCGUGCCAAGAACGCUCACCCAAAUUGGAACUAACAUGAGGGAAUUGAUGAUCCGGAAUAGAAUAAUUCAGAAACAAUAAUCACAACUUAGAUACGAUAUUUUUAUAUUAGUUUUAUAUAUUUAUAUUAAAAAAAUAAAAUAACAAUUAGUUAUUA